AUGAAGAUUCACUUGGCUCUCUUGAUAUUUAUCACACGCGUUGCCCUUGGGUCUCAGCCCAAAGAGCGCCCGGCGACAUUCUGUGGAGAUCCUGCUCAAGGCGACUAUACCCUUGUUCAAGACCCAUUCUUCGGCGAUCAAGAUUUCUGCCAGCCUGGCAUUAUCCUCGAGACCGUUUACGGCGACGCUUCUCUACGCUGGUUCAUGAUAUACCAGAAUGGCAUCGACUUUAAGCCUCGAGCUCACAAUCUGGGCACUUGGACAGAGAUCAACUGGGACAACUACCCACGAGCGUAUGGGGGAGUUUCUGUCAUUGAAGGCAACGACGGAGCUGUCCUCUUCCAGUCCGAAGACACGGGGGCCCCGGUCACGGGUUUCCCAAAUAAUCUCAUCCCCAUCGCGCCGGAAGAGUGCAGAACGAUCAAAGACAGCCAGAGUCCAGCGCUGAAGCCGACUGACAAGGAUGGAUACGACCAACAGACCAGGGAGUUUACUAUGGGGAUCCUCGACGACGAGAGGGUGUCGAUCCACAAGAACUACACCGCAACGGUUAUGUCCCACAGCGGGAGGUUCAAGGUGACAUUUCUCUACGGUUAUCAUUGA